AUGUUCGUGUGGCGUGCGAUUGAUGAGAAAAUUGCGUCAGCAAAGGCUCCUAGAAGCAGAGGUCUAAACUUACCAGAUAUCGUCUAUAAAACAUGUGGUGCCGAUGAAGAAUCUGCAGUGCAUAUUCUCUUAAAAUGUAACUUCGCAAAAAGAACUUGGGAGCAGGUGACGAGUUGGCUGAAAAUUCCGAUGGUAAACGUAAACGACAGUUUGAAAGACAUACUAUUGGAGAUAAAUGAAAUUCAGCGGAGCAAGGGUAUGCGGAAAGCGAUUUAUGCAGCGACAAUACAAACAAUGUGGUAG